UGCAGCCCUCGGCGGCGGCGGCGCGCGGCGGAGACCGACCCUGAGAGCCUCCUGCUCGCGCUGCUGCCCUCGCGCCCCGGUCCCCGGCCAUGCGCCCCCCACGGCCCGCCGCCCCCGGCCCGGCCCGGCCCGCUGGCCUCGCACUGCUGCUGCAACUCCUGCUGCUGCUGCUGCUGCAGCCACAGCUGCCGGCCGGCGCCCCCGACAUGCCCAAGGCGAAACCCAAGGCGGUGAUCCGGCAGCGGGAGGUGGUGGACCUGUACAACGGGAUGUGUUUGCAAGGGCCUGCUGGCGUGCCGGGUCGGGACGGGAGCCCUGGGGCCAACGGCAUUCCUGGCACCCCUGGGAUUCCAGGGCGGGAUGGAUCCAAAGGAGAGAAGGGAGAAUGCCUGAGGGAGACCUUUGAGGAGUCCUGGAGCCCCAACUACAAGCAGUGUUCCUGGAGCUCGCUGAAUUACGGCAUCGAUCUCGGGAAAAUUGCGGAGUGUACUUUCACGAAGAUGCGGUCCAACAGUGCCCUGAGGGUUCUCUUCAGUGGUGCACUGCGCUUAAAAUGCAGAAGCGCCUGCUGUCAGCGCUGGUACUUCACAUUCAAUGGAGCUGAAUGUGCAGGGCCGCUUCCCAUCGAAGCCAUCAUUUAUCUGGACCAAGGAAGUCCUGAACUGAAUUCGACAAUUAAUAUUCAUCGCACUUCUUCUGUGGAAGGACUGUGUGAAGGCAUCGGAGCUGGGUUAGUGGAUGUUGCUAUCUGGGUCGGUACCUGCUCAGAUUACCCGAAAGGAGAUGCUUCGACGGGCUGGAACUCCGUGUCUCGUAUCAUCAUCGAAGAGCUACCAAAAUAAAUCCUUUCGUUUUCACCCCACCUCUUUUUUUUUAA